AUGCCUGCUCAGCUGCUGAUGUGGUCCAACCAGACGGUGGAGCAAGUCAAAAGCUCCUGGGUCCUUCCGGCUGAUGCCAUACAGGCACAGGUGCCCACGCCCACGCCCCCAACAUCAUUGAGUCCUACUGCGAGUGAGGCAGGCUCGUCCCAACGCCCAUCUCCAGGCCCGCCCCUGCAGUUGGAUGCUCUUCUUGCGGCACUGAAAUGGAAGCCAAGUGCAAACUUUGCGGAGAAUCUCACGACCUCCCAUUGGAGACCACACCGCUAUGGCGCGGCGCAGUGGUCGAAAAUCGAUGCAGCAAUCGAUUCGUCUGGUCACACACGAUGCGGCACGGCGAGAGACAGCUGGUCUUGCGCAGGGACGGGCUAUUCUCGCGAGCUUAACCACACUAAGCCUUGGAAUGCGAGCUACGACAUCCUAAAGCUCCCACUCGGGACACAAAUUCUGGCCUUGGGGAAUUCUCUUAUGGCACAGUUGGUGCAUACGGUGAUCUGCAGUCACCAUUGGGACAUCGUGUACCCGAAUCCCGAUAUUCGAGCAAAUUCAGUUAUAGUGCAGAACAAUGCCACCGGCAUCAUAUUGGUGCUCAUAUCGAAUGAGCAAGAUGUUGAUGGCUCUGUAAAGCCAAGUCAUCCGGCGAACCUGAUCAGACAAGUGAAAUGGGUGCCAGACAUAAUCUUGCUGGGAAGCAUCAACCAUCGCAAUGCAAGUUGGGCGGCAGAGCGUCGAAAUCUCCUCAGAGAGGCAAGCCCCGAUGCGACCAUAAUUGACCUCCCUGAGAAGCAUACCGGUGAUUGCUGCGCCGCUCCCAGUUGCUGGAAAGCAAAGGGGUGCCAAGACAAGUUUAUACCAGCACAUGACUGCGUGCCCGGCCCAAUCCUCCGAUAUGCAGAGCAGUUGGUCCAGGUGUUUCAGUCAGCAGUACACAAGGAGGACUUCACGCAGAGCUGCUUAGGUGUUGGCCGAGAGCGCCCUCUGUAUCCAUGUCUUUGA